AAUUUUCCGACGAGUAUUUCAUGCUUAGUGUAAUAUACAUCCAUUUAUGAAAAAUACAGGGUCUGCGUGCAAGUAUAGCACUUUAUAGCAUAUAUAUAACUUCGCAAAAUAAGCUGCUUAAUUUAUGUAUUGCAGGAGUUCCACCAUGCUUUGAGAAUCUGGAGUGUGUGCUUACAGAAACAAAUAGCGUAAUAGAGUCCUAGUUUCUGUUGCAGCCUGAAUCCGCGAAUCUCAACGCGAAAGUAUAGUUGCAAAUGUAGCGUGAUGUACGUUCGUCAUUGCAAUAACUUGUAUGUCUUAUUUCCGAUGUCGCCGAAAAUUUAUAUUAUGUGAUUAAAGUCUUAGCCCCGCAGAGAAAAUUCUAGUCUACUUUGUGUGUGAAUCAGAAUAUUACGAAUGAACUAUCUUUUUCCGCCGGCAAUAGAUUAUUCAUUAUAUUGAGUUCCCAUGACUCAUUACGUGAGUUGUUGCCAACAUCAGCACGCAACACAACAGCAGGUGACACAGAACUUAGAAGUGCAGUAAUGGACUACAAUAAACCUGUUUGGAUUGGAAAAGAGGGAACAAAUGAAGUAUGUACUGAUCCAGACUUUGUGUUUUUUCUGAAUGUGAGGUCCGCCCCCAGUAGCUGAGUGGUCAGCGCGACAGAAUGUCAAUCCUAAGGGCCCGGGUUCGAUUCCCAGCUGGGUCGGAGAUUUUCUCUGCUCAGGGACUGGGUGUUGUGUUGUUCUAAUCAUCAUUUCAUCCCCAUCGACGCGCAAGUUGCUGAAGUGGCGUCAAAUCAAAAGACUUGCACGUGGCAAACGGUCUACCCGACAGGAGGCCCUAGUCACAUGACACUUACUUCUGCAUGUGAGGGUGCUUUGGAUCUUUCUAUUUCAGUUUCAGUAAUUCGAUCUCAUGGUAAUGAUUUUUUAAUUCUUUUGGUUUAUCUUUAUGUUAAAGUAUUUAUGAUUGUUUUUUUAUCCCGUGUUGUUUCUUAAACAAUUGUUGAUGGUUGGUUCAGCCUUUGAUAUUUCUGUCAAGUUUUAUUUUUAUGAUUUGUGUAUAUUCAUAUGUUGUUUUGAAUAUAAGUACAGGGUCUGGCAUAAAAAACUCCCCGAUUACAAAGUAACGUGCAGCGGACAGUAGAAGGAGCAGAGUGGUGGGGGGCGCGUCGUUAAGUAGCUGCCUACGUGCCGUUUUCAGUGUACGCCAUGGCGUGGUCUGGUGAACAUCGUGCCUUCGUAGUGGAAGAUUUUAUUCAAAAUGGUGAAUCGCCUAUUAAUACUCAACGUGCUUUUCGCGUUCGCUUUGCGCUCGGACGACGGGACCCUGCUCCCGAUAAGAAAACAAUUUAUUCUUGGGUUGCUAACUUUCGUGAGACAGGUUCCGCAUUAAAAAGGAAACCACCUGGACGACCACGGACUGCAACAGGCCCCGGAAAUGUUGAUGCAGUUAGAGCUUCAGUUCAACAAUCUCCUCGACGAUCUGCUAAAAAGCAUGCGGCAGCAUUACGGAUAUCUGAUCGAAGUGUGAGAAGAAUCUUGCAUCGAGAUCUUAAAAUGCAUCCUUACAAAAUUGUAACUACGCAGGAACUGAGUGAACGAGACUGUGGUGUCCGUGUAAGUUUGUGCCAAGACCUUCUUCGGAACAUUCGUCCCAACGAUAUUGUGAUUUUUUCUGAUGAAGCACACUUUCACCUUGCCGGAACAGUGAACAGCCAAAAUUGCAGGUACUGGUGUGAACACAAUCCCCAAGAACUUCAUCAACGACCACUUCAUAGCCCUAAAGUAACAGUAUGGUGUGCUGUUUACAAUUCCAGAGUGAUCGGUCCUUACUUUUUCGAAGAAAAUGACAGGAAUUUAACCGGUAACAGUGAACGCUAUUGUGCCAUGCUCUGCGACUUUCUCCAACUGCAACUAAGGGAGAUUUUUGGUGAAAUAGAGAACGUGUGGUUCCAGCAAGAUGGUGCUACUGCCCACACAGCGCAGCAGUCACUGGCAUUGGUGAAGGAAAUGUUUCCUGGACAUGUGAUCUCGUUGCGUGGAUACAUUGGCUGGCCCCCACGAUCGCCGGACUUAACGCCCUGUGAUUUCUUUCUUUGGGGCUAUUUAAAAGCAAAAGUUUAUGAACAACGUCCACAAUCUUUACGAGCCCUGAAAGAAGCAAUUACACAAGAGGUUGAAGCUAUUCCACCUGAAAUGACUCAAAGAGUAAUGAAUAACUUCAGGGAAAGACUCAAACAGUGUGUCGACAGUGCAGGAAGCCAUUUAAGGGAUGUUUUAUUUAAAAAGUAAGACCAUAAGAGUAUUUUCUAAAAUGGCAUAAUAUGUACUUUUAUUUAGUAUA